AUGCCUGCUGGACCGGGCGAUACUCACCUGGUCACGCUCUUCACCGAUGCACAUUACUACUUCUCAGCUCCCUCGUUGAAACCACAACAUCACCGCUUCAGCAGAGGCUCCUAUCUUUACCUCUAUCACAACGCUUCGGAGAACAGGACGAAAAUCGAGAUAGCGAACCACGCCGGUACCGCGGAUCAAGAUGCGUUCUCUGGUUCUUUCGAUCAUCUGUCACGAGUGACAUACUCGUACAAGCAGCCAACACUGUUUUCAGUGACGAUCGAUGGGGGGAGUAUACAAGGUCACGACCAAUGGCACCUGCCCAGCUACAACGAGAGGAACCAGCAGAAGUAUCUGUACAAGAUAAAUAUGCUAGAUCUGUAUUUAUGGACCGAGAAGGAUGCGUCGACGUUCUUAGGCCACUUGAAGAGCGUCGUCCCAGCCGAGAAGUUGGAGAUCAAAGAUGCUCCCGCAAAGCUGCAGACACCUGCGGAGCACAGAGAUUCCAUGAGUCCUGUCGUGCAGCAAUUGGAGAAGACGGCGAUCGGUGCCCAGUUCCCUCCGCGAGCUGAGAGUACGACUUCAUCUCAUUCAAUACCUGGCCCUCCUUUAGGUCUGCAGACGUCCUCUACACCAGCUCAGCCUACUCCGAUGGCAUAUAACCCUGCCGCGCCAGCCGCACCGGAGCCCAUCGCUUACCGCGAGAAGACGCCUCCACCUCUAGAUUCAGACGCCGGCAACGGCUUGACAAAUCCUGGCCAAUACAGCUCUUAUCCACAGCAGCAGUAUGCGAAUGUCCCUAACACCUUCCAGAGCUCAGGUCAACCAACGCCUCAGCAGUCGUUCUUCUCUGGUCCUCCUGGCCAGCCAGCCCGUCACUCAAGUAUGAGCUUCCCAGGCCCACCCUCCCAAGGUACGCCACCUCAACGCACCGCAUCUGGCAUUGGGUCUUUGCCGCCUCCGCCUCCGCCGCCAGGUAGUGGUCCUUCGCCACAGCCGUACAACCCAUCCUUCGCUCCUCCACCAGGUAACGGCCUCCCACAAGCAACGUCACCACCACCCACUCAGACGAGCUUUAACCGGCAGUCCUCAUAUGGUGGCCUACCUGGACAAACACAGUACGCCAGCUAUCCCUCGUCAACUCCCUCAUUCGGUCCCUCCGCUCUCGCCUCCCCUGGUCUCCCAGGCACACCCGGCUACCAGCAACACAACGGCCCACCCACUCCCUCCGCGCCGCCUGCUUACUCUUCUGGUCCGCAGCAAUAUCAGCCCGGCCAGCAGCAACAGUUCGGCUACAGCAGCUACUCCUACUCCCAACAACAACCCGCGGACAGUAGCGCUGGACCCGGGACGUACGGUAUUCACGGGCAAGUGUAUCGCCCUACGGAGCAGGAGGCGCUGGCGCAUGGGAAGCCUGCGGGGCCGCAGAGGCAGCAGAGCAGUGAAACUAGGAAUAGGUUGGAGGGGAGGGUGACGCAGGUAGAAGCCGGGGUGGGCAAGUUUAUGAAGCGGUUGGAUAAGCUGUGGUAG